AUGGUGUUAGCUGAACUCGGACGUAAGAUCACUUCUGCGCUCAGAAGCCUCGGAAAUGCCACAAUAAUCAAUGAAGAUGUCCUUAACAGCCUUUUGAAAGAAAUUUGCACUGCCCUAAUCGAGUCUGAUGUGAAUAUCCGGUUGGUCAAACAACUACGUGAAAAUGUCAAGUCGAUGAUCAACUUUGACGAGCUGGCAGCGGGAGUUAAUAAGAGAAAACUAAUUGAAAGCGCUGUUUUCAAUGAACUUGUUAGGAUUAUUGAUCCUCAAGUGAAAGCUUGGCAACCAACUAAGGGGAAGAGCAAUGUCAUCAUGCUGGUUGGAUUGCAAGGUAGUGGUAAGACUACCACGGCUACAAAACUCGCAUACCAUUACCAAAAGAAGGGUUGGAAGACAUGUCUUAUCUGUGCGGACACUUAUCGUGCCGGUGCUUUUGAUCAGCUGAAGCAAAAUGCCACGAAAGCCCGAAUCCCAUACUAUGGUUCCUAUACAGAGGCGGAUCCCGCUGUGAUUGCCAAAGAGGGUGUAAAGCGAUUUAACGAGGAGAAAUUUGAGAUAAUCGUUGUCGACACCAGUGGUAGACACAAGCAGGAAGAGGCGCUUUUCGAGGAAAUGCUUCAGGUGUCCAAUGCCAUCAAUCCAGACCACGUAAUUUAUGUCAUGGACGCAUCAAUUGGUCAGGCCUGCGAGGCCCAGGCCAGUGCCUUCAAAGCAAUGGUGGAUGUUGCCUCUGUCAUCGUCACCAAACUUGAUGGCCACGCUAAGGGCGGUGGUGCCCUCAGUGCAGUGGCUGCCACCCACAGUCCUAUAGUCUUCAUCGGUACGGGUGAGCACAUUGAGGACUUUGAACCCUUCCGUGUGCACCCCUUUGUCAAAAAGCUCCUCGGGCUGGGUGAUUUGGAGGACCUCUUUGAAAAGGUGAAAGACAUGAAGUUUGAUGAGAACGAGGAAUUGAUCAAGAAGCUGAAGCAAGGCGUCUUCACACUGCGCAGCAUGUACGAACAAUUCCAGAACAUUUUAAAGAUCGGUCCUCUAUCUGCGGUUCUGUCGUCCAUUCCUGGACUAGGUCAGGAGCUCUUCACUAAUGAUCGAGAGAGCCACCGCCGGCUAAAGCGCCUGAUGACCAUCAUGGACAGCAUGAACGAUCACGAAUUGGACUCUGACGACGGGGCACGACUCUUUAACCGCCAACCCGGUCGCAUUCAACGCGUAGCCCGUGGUGCUGGUGUUAGCCAAGGAGAGGUGAAACAGUUGCUAGUGCAGCACACAAAGUUCGCCCAAGUGGUAAAGAAGAUGGGCGGCAUCAACGGCCUUUUCCAGCAAAUGCCUAGUGGAACUGGCGGAGGAAGCGGAAGUGGUGGAGGUGGACAGCCGAGUCUCUCAGACAUGGCGGCGGCCGCGCGCUCAGUAAAUUCGGGAAAAAUGGCAAAACUACAGGCCUCCAUGGCCCGUGCGAUGGACCCACGGGUGUUGCAUCAGAUGGGUGGGACGGCAGGCCUGCAGAAUGUCCUUCGACAACUCCAGUCCGUUGCGAGCGCAAAACUACACAAACACACCAGAUCCACAGCUCUAUCGCGAAUCCGAAACCCCAUAUUUCGCGUGGAGUUUAACACCACAUCCUGGGACGCCCCACCCCCAUCUGACAGUCCGACAAACACGGAGCACGUAACCUCCAAUCGUGGUGUUACUGCGACCAAAACCGGGUGGAAUCCGCAUUUCAAUUCAAGAACCAACUUUAACAUCAACAUCAACUCUCAUAUCGAAUUCCUCAUUGUCUCGCAGGCUUCUGUGCAUGCUUCUCUAAACGGUGGGACCGGGCUAGUUGUCGGCUACUCCCGUCUUGGAAUCCGUGAUGCUUUGAGAAACUAUGGUAAUAAUUUGGAGGAUGCGGCCUUCUCUUUGGAUAUACUGCCCCUGCCAACAGAUCAGUGCGUGGACGGUAACACCUUGCCUUCGCUAGGGACGCUCAGCCUCUUCCUCACCGCCUCAGCUACAGCUGUCAACGCGGCAAUUGUGGCUGCCAACAUUAAUCAACGAUCUUUUAGUCCCUCUGGAUACUCUGCUAUGCUCCAAACAAACAUGGAGGAUGAGGUACAGAGCCGGACCCUCCAGUGUGUCCUGUUGUGCAUCCUCCCGAUGGGAAAGGGAGAUGUGCAAGGGACCUGCGAUUCGAAGUGCGGCUUCGGAGUUGAUAGGAGGCACAAGCGAAGUCAUAGGUCCACUCCCACUGCUGAGGAGUCUCGAUCAUCCACACCCGCUGCCAAUAGUAAUACGGCGCCCACCAAUGCCGUCACCAAUGGUUCUUCUGAUACCUCUACUACCAACAGAACUCCUGCAACUGGCGACCUUUUGACCAUUCCACGUCGGUCAAACGGAGGCAGAAGACGUUCCGCCCCAGAUACGGAGGGUCUACCACCGCAAUGGGAGCGACGUACCGAUCCUUCUACAGGGAGAAUCUACUACGUGGAUCAUUUAACAAAAAGAACACAGUGGGAGAAACCACAGCCUCUUCCAAGCGGAUGGGAACGACGACUGGAUCAGAACAACCGGGUUUACUACGUGGAUCACAACACGCGCACAACAACCUGGCAUCCACCGUCAGAUCAUCUGCUCGACAACGUGGUGCGCUGGCGCCAGUGGUACGACAUACGAGCCGGUAACAUGCGGAAUCAGAUGUCGCAGCUCUACGCCUCCUCUGGCUGGGCCAAUGGCGCCGGUAGUAGCCCAGCUCAUUCCAUCCCUGAAACACUGGGUCCGUUACCCGAAGGUUUUGAGCGUCGCAGAGACUCGAAUGGUCGCGUGUAUUACGUGAAUCAUCGGACAAAGACGACACAGUGGGAGGAUCCACGCCAAACUACAGUACCGCUACCAUCGGGCUGGGAGAUGCGAUACACCCCUGAGGGGUUUGUCUUCUACGUCGACCACAAUACCAGAACCACCACCUUCAAGGAUCCCCGUCAACCUGGCUCAGCGGAUUCGAAUCAAUGGACAUUGGAUCGUAAGGUGGCUAGUUUCCGCUACCUCUGUCACGUAAAUUCAAGCACUGAUAAGGUGGCGAUUCGGGUGCGUCGGUCAGAUCUGCUAAAUGACUCCUUCAAUCAACUCCUCAAGGUGCCUGCAAAGUCUUUGCGAGGUCGUCUUUCUGUCACCUUUGAGGACGAGGAAGCCCUCGAUUAUGGUGGUGUACAGAGGGAAUGGUUUUUCCAACUCUCCGAUCAGCUUCUCAAUCCUAUGUACUGCCUAUUCGAAUACGCCAGUGGCAACAACUUUUCCCUACAGAUCAAUGCCAAUUCUUCAGUGAAUCCCCAACAUCUCCAGUACUUUCGGUUCGUGGGUCGAUUCAUUGCGUUGGCUUUGUUCCAUGGCAAGUUCAUUGACAAUGGAUUCACUCUGCCCUUCUACAAGCGUCUUCUCAACAAACCACUGUCGUUGAAUGACCUUCAAACUGUCGAUGAGGAGUACUAUAAUUCCCUUCUCUUCAUCCGUGAAAAUCCCAUCGACGACGCAGACUUGGAGUUGUACUUUGAGGCAGAUUAUGAACAUUUCGGUCAGACAAUAACCUGCGAGCUGAAACAGGGAGGCAAAAGCAUCAAGGUGACGGAUGCCAACAAAGAAGAAUACCUCAGUUUGAUGGUAAACUGGCGGUUCUCACGGGGUACAGAGGAACAAAUGGAGGCCUUCAUGGCUGGUUUUGCCGAUGUCUUUCCACUUCAAUGGCUUCAGUACUUUGAUGAACGCGAAUUAGAGAUGAUUCUCUGUGGGUUGCAGAAGAUCGAUGUGGAUGAUUGGCAGCAGAACACGAAUUACAAGGACUACACCGUCUCGAGCAAACAGAUUGUCUGGUUCUGGAAGUUUGUCCGAACCCUGUCCACGGAGAGACGAGUGCGUCUGCUGCAAUUUGUCACGGGCACCUGCCGUUUACCCGUUGGUGGCUUCAAAGAACUCAUGGGGAGCAAUGGACUGCAGCUCUUUACAAUCAAACGCGCAGGUAAGGAGAACGCCCUACCGCUUAGUCACACGUGUUUCAACCGCCUUGACUUGCCACCGUACCGGUCGUACGAGAUUUUGGUGGAGAAAGUGACCCUGGCCAUCGACGAGACGGAGGGCUUCGGGCUGCAGUAG